AUGCAGGAAGCAGAAAAACCUGAUGAUGUCAAACAAAAAGAAGAGGCUUCGGAAAAAACUACAACGGAAGACAGCGAGAAGCAAGACAAGGACACAAACGUCCCUGUGGAAGGUGAAGAAAAGGACGAAAAUGCCCUCAAGGAAACUGAAGGAAAAGACGAGAAAGAUGAAACUCCUGUUGAAGGCGUGUGUGAAAUUCCAAAUAUGCCCCCAUCAGAGGAGGAAGCUAAGCCUGUGAAUGAGCAUGUCAAUGAGGUUGCUGAGGUCAAUGAAGCCAAUGAGAACAACAAAGGAGAAACCCCAGUGGAAGAAACUAAGCCUGUGAAUGAGGUUGCUGAUGUCAAUGAAGCCAAUGAGAACAACAAAGGAGAAACCCCAGUGGAAGAAACUAAGCCUGUCAAUGAGGUUGCUGAUGUCAAUGAAGCUAACGAGAACAACAAAGGAGAAGUCCCGGUUGCACAAGAUCAAUACAAGACUGAGAAUGAUGGUGCCAAUGUUACUGCAGAGACUGAUGUCGUUAUUUUCACCACUACUGCUACUGCUUCUCCUGAUGCGGAAGGGCAAAGGGGUCAUCUGACUGAUGAGGAUAAAGAGAGAGAAGCGAACAAGAAUGAAGGAGGGGAAGCGGCAUUCGAGAAUGGUUGUCGUGUGGAGUCCAACCAUGGUAAAGAUAGGGUAACAAGCGUUGGUGGUACUUUUCUGUCACUGGCAGCUUGA